AUGACCGACCUAAAGUCUAGACAACAUGCCACGAAUGAAGGAUUUCGAUGGAUGUUUGACAAAGAAAGGAUUGCAAAGAUGAAGAAAAGAGUUUUUAUUGUUAACAAUGCUCGAAGAGCAAUCGUGGAUACUCAAGCGAUUGUUAUAGUGGGUAUGUUUGGAAUUCACAACCAAGCACCAAAGAACCAUCUAUCGCAUUACAUGCCAAAUCAUUAUGCUAUUAAAGUUAAGGACAUGCUUGAUGGAUACUUUCCCGCAUAA